AUGGUCUCAACUAUUGAUAACAACCCUUUGGUUCCCAACUCCAUGCAGACUCGAAAGUCGCUAGACGACAAUGGGCAAUCGGCAGGCCAGGCUCAUAGGCUCAACGAUUUGCAGAUGAUAAUUGACAGAAAUGUCGCACCCUCUCCUCAGUCGAUGUGCGCCGAACUUGCCCAUGAUCAUGCGCUGGAGGACCUCCAUAAGAUUACCGAACAUACAUCCGAGCCGAGUGAUCCGGUGAGAGACAAGGAUCCGUUCUUCACGGUCAACUACGCCGACCAUGCCACUCAGUCCGUGCCUCGUAGGCCCGAUGAGUAA